GUUCUCCUCUCCGCCGGCGUACGUGAUCCGGACAUCGAUGGCGUCUGUGACCAUUGCGCAUAGCCUGGCUGAGGUGGGCCCAGAGCCUCAAUCGCCGCAUCCCUUGCCAGCUCUGCAGCAAGGAGGUCAAGCUCGCGCGUAUCUUGGAAUCGCCGUCUACGCCCCGCGCCAUCCACCGACGUGUCUCCCACGGCCUCACUGAACGACGUAGUCGACGACCGUCUCGACUUCUUCCCCACC